AUGACCAGUCCAGCUAGCUCAAUUAUCAUUGUUGGAGCCGGCGUGUUUGGGCUGUCCUCGGCACUGCAUUUGCAACAACGCGGCUAUCAAAACAUCAAGAUAUUCGACAAGCAGGACUACCAUGCUUCAGAAUACUCACCCUUCAACGGCGGUGACUCGGCAUCAUCUGAUAGCCACAAGGUCAUCCGAAGUGCAUACGGAGACUCAGCCAUACUUCAAGACCUAGCAAACCGCGCCAUAGACAAAUGGAAGCAAUGGAACAAGGAAUCUGGCCAGGAACUGUUCCUAAACACCGGCUGGGCGCGCCUCACAGACAUUGGCAGACCUCAAGACGUCGACAUUGAGACCUUCAAGACAAUGAGCGAGGCUGGACUAGGCCACACGCAGUACUUUCUGCACUCAGACCAAGACCUCAAAAGAGCAGAGGCCGAUGGAUGGGGCGGUGCCCGUCUUGAUCAGUUCCAACGACGCAGUCGAGGUCUCGCCCUUGACGGCGUCUUUGACUCCAACGCAGGGUUGGCAAACGCUGACUUGGCAUGCAAGUACGCUCUUGACCUCAUAGAAGCGGGAGGCGCAGAGACCUACUUUGGAGACAAGGGUGAGCUCUCGUCCUUGAUUAGAGACGACAAAGACGCUCGUCGGGUCGUAGGGAUCGCGACCAAGGAUGGGGAACGUCACUUUGCGGACUUGGUCAUUGUUGCUGCGGGCCCGUUUUCUCCUCUCAUCGUGCCGGAGCUGAAGAGCUUCAUGACGACCACGGCUGGCAACUUUGUCUUUAUCAAAGUGCCUGAGCAUUUGCAGCAUCGGUAUCGCGCUGAUGUAUUUCCUACCUGGGCUUGGAACUAUGCUGGUAGUUCAGAGAGUGGAGGGCUUACCGGGUUCCCUUUGGACAGGAACGGCAUUCUCAAAAUCUCGUAUCGCUCUCUGAAAUGGACAAACCCAUCAGACACGGACUCGGAAGCACCCUUCUCAGCCCCAGCAACUGCUGAAGAGGUAGAGAAGCGAGGGCCACCGCUUUCGCCGAUCGCAGAGACCAAGAACUUUGUGAGGGAGAAUCUACCAGAUCUGGUCGGGGCAGAGAUCACUGCGGUAAAGAUGUGCUGGUAUGCAGACACCGUUGAUCUCGAUUUUGUUAUCGAUCGCGUACCGGAGACUGAGGGUCUUUUGGUCGUCACUGGCGGAAGCUUCCAUGGCUUCAAAUUCUUGCCGGUUCUGGGCGAGUACGUUGUAGAUGUAUUGGAAGGAAAGGAGAAUAAGUACACGCAAUUCUGGCGAUGGAGAACUCCUACAAAGGAGCAAAAGGAGAGGAUCCUGCAAAACACUCUGUCAAAUGAGAGGGUGUGGGCGAAGCAGAAGCUGGCCACUCCCGAAGAUCUCAAGUGGUAG